AUUCUUCAUUCCUGUCUUCAGCUGGACAGGAGAGGAAAUACAUUGAAAUGCUGGUGAGUUGAGAAAAGGAGAGGGGGAGACCAUUCAUCAAUUUCUGUAACAGGUACAUGAGACUUGACUAGGAGAAAUUAAUUUAAUGUAUUGACAGGUAAGAGAAGUUAAAACAAAUCAUAAAAUACUUUCCGCCUACUCCUCCCUUCUUCCUAGGUUCAUCUUCACUCACAUUAUGUUAUUUUCUGCCUCCUCCCUUCUGAGCUGCACAGGGUGAUGGGGAAUGGGAGUUGUGGUAAAUGUCAUCCCGUGUCUAUUGCUCCUUCCUUCUAAAGGGAGAACUUCUCACACUCUUCCCCUGCUCCAGCAUGGGGUCCCUCCCAUGGGAAAUUUCUUCACUAACUUCUCCAGUGUAAGUGCUUCCCGUGGGCUGCAGUUCUACAUUAACUGCUCCAGCAUGGGUCCCAUGCAUAAGAUGCAGUUCUUCAGGAACCAGCUGCUCCAGCAGGGUCACAAUUCCUGCCAGCAAACCUGCUCUAGUUGGGCUCCUCUCUCUUUGGGCACAAAGAUCCUGCCAGAGCCUGCUCCAGCAUGAGUUUCCCACGGGGUCACAGCCUGGGUACAUCCACCUGCUCCAGCAUGGGGCCAUUCCUGGGGUGCAGGUGGAUCUCUGCUUUGUCAUGGACCUGCAGGGGCACAGCUGCCUCACCAUAGUCUUGCAACACGGGCUGCAGGAGAAUCUCUGCUCAAUCUCUGCUCUCUCUGGAGCAAUUCCUACCCCUGCCCCAAGGCCUCUUGUCAUCCUGGAAAUUCAGUACCCUGAUCUGCUAAAACAUUUUCGGCUUCUCUGGUACACUACCCGUGAUCUUCCCUCUGAAGUUCUGUGUGUUGCAGGGGCUGCUGCUCAGCACCUCAGUGUACCGGGCUGGACAGUCUCUCUGCCUGGCAGAGCACAGGCUGGAGGCUGCUUUAGCUCCCGAAUGGCAAUCUGACAAGCAGGGAACCUGCCUGGAUGCCACAGCUGUGCUCUUGCUCGCAGCGCCUUCCCUCCCCAGGAGGCGGCGGCUGCCGGAGGCGUUUCCGCGGGCAGGGAAUGCCGAGGGGCUGCCGGGAGCGGCUCGGGCUCGCCAUGGUGACGGCGCGGGGACGGGGCCGGGCCCGGGCAGCUCCCCGGGCUCGGACACCGCCAGCGGGGCGCCCCGGGAGCCGCCGCCGCGCCUGGGCACCGCCGGCCUGGCCGGGACAGCGGCGGAGCGGCAGCCGCCGGCCCGGGAGCGCCAAGCGGGGUGAAGUCAAUGGACAAGGAAGAGGAAAAAGCUGCCAGUGAGGAAAAAGAUCACAUCCCCCCAGAAAAUGAGAGAAGCAGUACAGAGGAAUGUCUUCCAGGGGCCAAGGAAACAGAGAAAGAAACCAAGCAUGUCAUCAAAAAUAUCCCGUGGACCACAUCCAAGAACUUCACAGUGGAGAUAGGACGGCAGCAAAUUGAAGAACUAAUUUCUACAUGGGACAUUCAUGAAAGCUGGCUUCACCACUCAGAAUUUCUCGAGGAAGAGGAACUGAAGGAUAGCAAGAGAUACUAUUACAGAACUUGCUGGGGCCUCCCAACACGCAGAAAACCCCUCCCACGAGCAACAGCGGAUGUCUACUUUGUUAUAGUGAUCUCCAAAUUCAAACCUGAUACUGCACCUGUGGAAGUCUUCUACAGACUGGAGUCCAGCAGGCUGAUUCGGAGGCCAGAACAGUAUCAGUUUAGAGAAAAGUGGCUUCAGGACAUAAUUGAAAAUAAAAUAGUGUGCACAGAAAGACUUGCUUCCCGAUGAACAGCUCCAAUUGACCAUUACCAAUACUCUGUUGUGGAAAACCAAAUAAAUACAAUGAAGAAAGAAAAGGUCUUCCUUAGCUGCAUUUCUACUUUGUGGAUAGAUAAAAAGCAUUGAACCUGUGCAAAAUCAGCUAUGCCCUGACAUGGCAGGUGGCUAUGUGUGACAGUCCCUGGCAGGUGUGGGUGGGGACAACAGGAUGGAACCAGGUUCCAGAGUGUAAAUGGGAAGAGGAAGCUGGGCAGGAUUUGCUGUUUGCGAAUGCCACCACAGUGGAACUCCAGGGA